GAACCACAUGACCAUCUUGCUCGUAAUGUGUUGUGUUUCUCUAAUGGCAGUCAGCCAUCUCAUCUCAGCUCAACUACCUUGCAAAUUAGGGAUUAAUCAUUCCGUACAGUGUUAACUGAAGCUUUCCACGCGAUCUGACAGACAAUAUAAGCGUCAGCAAUGCCAGAACCAGCAGAAAUGAAUGGGGCUGACAUAGGAAAGAUGUCGGGCAGCGGAGUUCCAGGGAGUGAGGGCAAGGACCCAGUAGCCAAUGGGCAUGCAGAGAAUGAGUCAAACCCCUUUGCAGAGUACAUGUGGAUGGAGAAUGAGGAGGAAUACAAUCGGCAGGUGGAGGAGGAAUUGCUUGAGCAAGAGUUUUUGGAGCGCUGUUUCCAAGAGAUGCUGGAUGAGGAGGAUCAGGAUUGGUUCAUUCCAGAGAGGGACCUCCCUUCAGUCGGACAGAUUCAGCAACAGCUCAAUGGGCUAUCUGUCAGCGAUGGCAAUGCAGAGGAAAUCUUGCGAAAGAGCAUCUUAAACCCUGAAGCCAAGGAGUUUGUGCCCGGGGUGAAAUACUAGGAAUCAUCAUUGCCCUCCUCUCUCAUACACACAUCUGAUCAUAUAUGCAGAGACUGUUGUGCCCAUGUUUAGGAUGGUCACAUAAAUGCGCUCUUCUACACAUUUUAGAAGGGGCAAGAAUACAGAUUUUUUGGAUUGGAGGGAGGUAGGGGGUGAUUGUCUACAAGCUUUAUAUUUCUGUUAUGUAUAAACCAAGGGUAUUAAGUGGAAAUGUGACCUCUAGGAGGUGCUGUGACUAGCUAAUAUCAUACUCAUUACCAGGCUGUUUUAUUUUCCUCUACCCUUGCAGAAAGGGCUGUUCUUGCCAGCUUUCAUUGUUUCACAGUUUGUGCCUGAUCAGGUCUUUGCUUUCCUUCCCCUGUUGUUGUUGUGUUUUUUUUUUUUUUUGUUUUUUUUUCUGUUUGUUUUGUUGUUGAGCUUUUGUAGAGGAAAGUUUUGAUGCAUCUGUUCACAUUCCUGUGUUUCAAGGGGUGUGGCCAUAAAUGACUGGGGGUGUGGCUGGUGGUGGGCGGAGCCCCUAGGUUUGGGUUGAAUGCUGAGGAAAGGGUGUUGGGGAAUUCAUGGAAUUCAACUUUUGAUUUUGAAUUGAAUUCGUUACACGCAGGACUGAAUUUCAUUUAAAAAAAAAUGGAAGAAUGGCAAAUAAAGAAGAAACGUUUGUACUCAAAUGGACCAUUUCUUGUGUUUGGCUGUAAAAUGUAUACUAAUAGUUGGUAUUAACUCUCACAUUUAACGGUGGUACCGUUAAAAAUGAACAAUUUUAAUAUGCAUAUUUUAUGUGGAUGCGAACUGAACUACUUUAAUUUAGCCUCUUCAGUAAUCAGCCAGUCAUGUAACCUCAUCCAUUAUACAUUUCCAGGAGAUUAGCUUGGAAAUAUCUGGUUUCUCAUCAGCAAAACUGUCUUGAUUUCAUUUUAACUUGUAUAGGAAAUCGGAAUAGCCGUAAUUACGUUUUAAUGGUCAUGAAAGUGAUUCAGUUGUUUUAAUGUAGGGUCUCUAAUUAGACCUACAACCAGCAUUGCAUUGGUCUUAAGCUACUGAAACCCUUUAUUUCUUAGAUUAAUUUUUUGUCAUUCAGAUUUUAUUGUCCUGUGAGUUGUAAGACAGUGACUGACAGACAUAAUAAAUGGUAUUGAGAAAUAAUUGCUUGCUGGUAGCUGCACUAAACAUUAAGCAAAUACAACAUUUGUAUUUUGAACUUAUGUGCUUAAUCAGUGCUGCUGACCAGGAUUGUUAUCAUUAACUAAAACUAUAACCAAUUAAAACAUUUCAUGUUAAUUGAAAACAAAUAAAUGAUAACUGAAAUAAAAUAAAAACAUUUAAAUUUGUUUUUUUUUGCCAAGCCAUUUUUAGUACUAAAUUAACUAAUACUAAAUUCAAUUAAAACUAAUAAAUGUAUAGACAUAUAUUUAAAAAAAAGUAAAUAACUAAAUAAGAGCAAUAACUCAAACUUUAACAUUGAGGUGAAAACAGAAAAAAAACAAAAAACAAAAAACAAUGAACAAAAACUUUAAUAGCAUAUCAGUGGUACUAAAAUAACGCUGCUUUUGAUGCAUGUUCCUAUGAUAUCACAGCACUUGUACAUUUUCAUGGCCACACUAUGAAUGAGAAAUGCUGAAUGGUAACUAAUAUAUGAAUCAUGGAUCUUUUGAUCUGGUUAUCAGCAUUCUUAGAUGAACCAACCUGCCUAAAAUACUUCUCAAAAUAUGUCUCGUGACAGUCAGCACAAUUUUGCUGUCAGUACAUCUUGUAAUUAGGACAAAUAGUUGCAGGAUGUGGUCAUUGUGAAGAAAAAAAAGGGGAUGUCCGGGGUUAGCAGCAACUGAUGCUGACAGUCAUUUGCCUCCACCAAUGGUCUGAAGUUUAGAGGGUCAGAACAAUAUAUUUGCAUCACAUUUCUGAACUUGAAUAUCUUAAUUAGGUAUACAAGCUGGGUGUAAAUGCUGUUGGUGGUAAAACUCCUAAACAGAGACUAACCUAUUAUAAGUAUUUGAGCAGUCUUAGACAUUUCCCUGUAAAUGCAUCUUUCUCCAUCCAAAAGACUAACAGAACACAUAGAAUCUAUGAAAUGUCACUGCUACACCAAAUACAGUUGAAGUCAAAGGUUUACAUACACCUUGCAGAAUCUGCAAAAUGUUAAUUUUACCAAAAUAAGAGAGAUCAUACAAAAUGCUUUUUUUUUUUUUUUUUUAGUACUGAUAUUGAUGUAAAGAUAUUUCACAUAAAAGUUAUCUACAUGUAGUCUGCAAAAGAAAAUAAUAAUUGAAUUUAUAAAAAUGACCCUGUUCUAAAGUUUACAUAUGCGUGAUUCUUAAUACUGUGUUGUUGCCUGAAUGAUCCACAGAUGUUUUUUUUUUUGUUUGUUUGUUUAGUAGUAGUUGUUGAUGUGUCCCUUAUUUGUCUGUAACAGUUAAACUGUCCACUGCUCUUCAGAAAAAUCCUUCAGAUCCCACAAGUUCUGUGGUUUUUCAGCAUUGUGUAUUUAAACCCUUUCCAAAAAUGACUAUGAUUUUGAGAUCCAUCUUUUCACACUGAGGACAACUGAGGCACUCAUAUGCAACUAUUACAGAA